AUGAUAAAUUCAGUUCUUUUUGUGUUUCUCUUUGAAUUGUAUGCAAUUCAAAGCGAAGUUAAACCAUCAAAUUUUGUUCCGUAUGGUAUUGAUAGUGGUUAUACACCAAUGGAUCGUAGAUUAAAUGCAUUAACACCACCUAUAAAAAUUAAAGUACUUUUCCCAUAUUUUAAUGAAAAAUAUGAUGAAAUCAAGUUAUGGAGUCAUGGACUUAUUUUAUUUGGUAACCAGACCUACAACAAUCUACCACAUGCUGUACCCGGUCGAUUUCCGCUUCCGGGUUUUAUUUGUGUUUCACCAUAUUGGGCUGAUACAGAUAUAACUACAGAUCUAAAUAGUAAUAUAUUUUAUCAAGAAAUUGAUACAGAUGUCUAUGCAUUAUUAUUAAUUACUGACAUGGUAAAACGUGCAUAUUCAGCGUUGACGUCUCAACGAAUGUUAUGGGCAUUUGUGGCUACUUGGGAUCGUGUUCCUGGUCAUGAAGGUUCUCGAGGACGAAAUACAUAUCAGGCUAUAAUAACAACAGAUGGUCGUUAUUCAUUUACAAUAUUUACCUAUCAUCAAUUACAAUGGGCAUCUGGUGCAUGGGGGGUUAUCCGCAAGUUGGAUUCAAUGCUGCCUGGACAGUUUAUUUAUCAAACAAACGGAAAUAUAUCAGAUAUUCAAUGCAAUACAACAGAUGGGUUACAAACAAUUCCGUAUCGUGGAUCAACCUUAGGCGGCUAUGAUAUUCGUUUAGAUGGUAUUUGUUUUAUUGACACAACAUAUACAGUUGAAAUUAAUGAACAUAAAAUGAAGAAUUGCACAAUAAUGUCCAAUUAUAUUUUAUGUAAAAUGCCAGUGAUAUCUAACGGACCAGAAAUAUUGAUUAAUAUUUAUAAUUCAAGUAACGACUUAAUUGCAUCCACAAAAUUUAUUGUUGAAUUAUCCUUAGAUAAUGUUCAAUCGAUAUUAAUAGAUAACAAAGAAAGUUAUGAUUUAGAUAAAGUUGACGAAAAGGAAUCCUUAACUUUAAAUUUUAAACAAAAUUCAAUAACUAAAAACUAUCAUUUUAAUGUUAUUCUGUAUUAUUAUGAAAGUAUAAUCACAGACGACGAUCAAAUGUAUAAUUUAACAAUGAAUCAAAUUGUACUUUAUACUAAUGUCAAUUUAUCAUUUAUCGAAAAUAUGACGUUAAAUUAUAAAGACAUAAUUCAAUCUUUUGAUAAUGAUCUCAAUGCAAUGGCAUCAAUUACUAUUAGUUUUGAAGCUUAUUCACCCUCAACCACAGCUCAGCUAAAUUCUCUUGUACUUUAUAGGAUAUACAAAUUGACGAAACGUGUUUAUAAAAUAAUUAAAUUUAUUCGUAAUCAUUGCGAAGAAUGGCAUAAAAAACAACCAUCGCCAUCCGACUAUCUGUCACAAGUACCAAAAUGCCCAUCAUGCAGUCCACAGAGUACAAUAUCAUUGUGCUGGCUCUUUCAUUCGGGCGCAAUUGACGGAUGUUACCGUCAAUCUUUGGCUAGUAAUGGGCCUGGAGCUCAAUGCUGUUAUGAUACAGAUGGUAGAUGGAUAUCAGAUCCAGAAAAAGGUGCUGAUACAUUAGAUUUUGUAGCGGGAACAGGGUCCAUGAUACAAUAUAUCCGACAUGCCGUUGUAGACGUCUUACCUUACUUUUCAUGUUGCAAGAAUCCCAUAGCACCAUCAAGUUCCUGUAAGAAGUAUUACGAGAAACGUCCACCAGGUACUGAAUGUGAAAAUGUACCAAUACCACAACCAGCUGGUACAAAUGGAGACCCACAUUUUUUAACAUUAGAUAAUUUAAAUUAUACAUUCAAUGGUUACGAAGAAUACACAUUACUCAAAAUAGAUGAUAAAACUGAAAUACAAGUUCGAUUAGAACCACUUCGUCAAGACAAAUCAGCUACAAUUAUGUCUGGAUUUGUUAUUCAGAACGAAAAUUAUUCAAAAAUUCAGUUUGAAUUAAUUACUUCAUUAACUUUAUUAGAAAUUCGUAUUAAUAACCGUCUGUUGGCUGUCAAUGAAUUUGAUGACAACGAUGAAGAAGAUUUUAUGUAUUCAACAAUCAAAUUUGAUAACCAAAAAACAGCAAUUACACGAACAAAUAAUAGGACAACAUAUAAAAUAACAUAUGUGAAUGAUAUUAGUUUGACAGUUCAGAUACGUGAACAACUCGAUUUGCUUAAUAUAAUAACAGUAGUACCACAAACGUAUAAAAAUCGUUGUGCAGGUUUACUUGGUAAUAUGGACAUGAAUGCUCAAAAUGAUUUAGCAUUUCCGAAUGGUACAAUUUUGUCAACAAAUGAAAAUGAACAAAAAAUAUUUGAAUUUGGUGAAUCAUGA